AUGCCUUUCCCCCCUAUCGUCGACGAUGAUGAGUUUAUGAAGUGGAAGAGACCUCCGAAUGCGUACAUCAUUUAUCACAACAUAUUCGUGAAGCAACUCAGGAAACAGAGGGGACGACUAAAAAAUAAGAUUGUUGCCUCCCUCGCGGGGCAGGCGUGGAAGAAAGAAAAGGAACAUGUAAAAGAUCAUUACGGGCGUAUCGCGCAAGAAUUAAAGAAAAAACGGGGUGGGAGAAUUCUAGAGUCAUGUUUUCAACAAUACAUCCCACCCCAAAAUUCCAAUAAUGCGGGCGAUUCCGACGCGAUCCCAAGUACUUCUAUUACCUCGUUGACAUCAGACUCUUACGACGAGUUAUUCGAAUCAUUUAUAGAUUACAAAUAA